AUGGUAGAGGCGCGACGGCUUAUCCCUGCCGUGUCAGGCAUCAUUCAGAAGCACUUCGGGGACGAGCCGGAUGCCUUCGUUCGUGUCUAUGUAGAUGACUGUCUCCACUACGCCGGACGCUGCAUCUACAAUAACCGCCGGCCGAAGUGGGAGGAUUUGCAGCUCUUCGACAUCGUGGCCGAUCGCUCGAUUGUGAGGGUGCAUGUGUAUGACUCGGACAGCAAAGACAAUUCGGCCGUCGAACCCCUGGGCUUCGUUGAGUUCUGCAUUGCCGACAUUCCCUUCGAGAAGGAGAUCGAUGGAUGGUUCGAGCUGAAGUUUGCGCAGAAUCUCCAGGGGAUCAACCUCGAUCGCUAUGCGCAACAUUGCGCACAGCGUGAAGAGGACUUCAAGUUUGACCUCAGAGAGCUGACUGCGAUGCAACAAGAACUGCUCGAAGAUUCGGAUUCGGAGAACGACGACGAUGCAAUCAUUCCCGACAAUGCUGCUUACAUGAAAACAAAGGGCCACGUGCCAGCGUCCACUGCAGCACGCCUGAUGAAGCGGGUCAGGAAAGGCGUGUCGCUGGUGACAUCGAAAUUCGCAACGAAGGCCCGGAGCUUCCAGGAAGACGACAGCAUUCAGUACAAUGCCGGAGAGAUCCGACUGCGGAUGAAGCUGGUGCGAACGGUGCCGGAAGGAAUCGAUGCCUUUGCUCGGGCUCUCUCGCCUUCGUAUUUCACUUAUGACACCUUUGUCCAGGAGGAGAACUUGCCGCAACUGGAUUUGCAGGAGCUGCUGGAUGAUGCGAUGGACAUCAAGUUAACGCUCUUUGAUGAUAUCAUUUUUGCUGUUAUGGCCUUCUGCUACUACAUCUUCGCGUGGAGGUCCUUUCUCCUUUCCGGACUCCUCCUGUCAGCUGGCCUUUGCUGUGCAAAGAAUGCCGUGCUGGGCACCGCAGCUCUGAACUUAUGGACGGGACUUGUGCUGGUGAUCAUGGCCAACAAAACAUGGCGUGAUGAGAUGACGACAAACGGUCUCAACGCACCAUUGGACCAACGAGGCUUGGAGCUCGUCGCGGCAUGGAAUGAGACAUCAGAGAUGCACGCAUUUCUGGUGCGGUUGGUGCAGUCCAGAAAUGGACAGAUAGUGAGCAUGCAGGACUUGGUGCACUUCGCCGGCACAAUAACGGUCGGACGAGGUGAGCUCGAGAUUACCUUCAAAGAGCUGAAAAGUGCCAUGCAGGAUCUUUGGUUCGUUGACUUUCCGAAGCAGACGGAUUUGAAGAAAGGAUCCCUGGUUCGGGUCCAGGAGCGUCAGAAAGGCACUGUAAUUGCUAUUUCGUCAGACGAGAAAGUGACAGUGCAAAUCGACGUAGAGGACCAAGACGAUGACAUCGGCAUGGGCGUCUAUGCCAUGGAAGACGUCACCGUUCGCAUGGCGCCACCACCCAUACCGAAGAUGCUGGUGCCAAGAAGCAUGCAGGGACUGGCGGCCACUCUUCAGUUUCAGGUAAACAGCGUGCGCGAUGACUUGAUGGCCCUGGCCCGGCAGCUACAGGCGUUCAUGAGAUGGCACAUGCCUGUCAAAAUGCUCAUCGUUGUUUGCUUCGUGUUCGCACGAGGCUCCUUGGCGUGCUACGGCUACAUCAACGAGAGCAGUUUCUGCUACACCGUCGAAGAGUAUAUCUGCCAUGUGAGAAACUCCGUGCUGUGCGUGGUGAUGGUGAUCCUCUUCUUUUGCCGAGCGCGUGGCGUACGUGUUGUACGAGGCCUUUUUCAAAUAGCUGUCAGCCGAUUCCAGCGAAGAUUGGCACCGGACUGCUGGCAAUUCUUCAAGCGCCUUGAACUUGAUGCGGCUGCUUCACUGCGGCAGACCCCCACGGGCAAUGUUUGCGGUUCAUCUGUGCAAGGGUAA